AUGGAGGCCCUCCAUGACCUCAUUCUUGCGCUCAAGAAUGUCCCCGUUUGGUCAGUCCUACUCAUAGCUCCACUGAUCUGGUACCUGCUUGUUCAUGGCGAGAGGAAGAGGAAGGAGAAGGCCAUCCGUUUGCCUCCGAGCCCACCGAGGCUGCCUGUCAUAGGGCACCUCCACCUGAUGGUGAAGGAGCCCCAUCGCACACUGCAGAGGCUGGCACACAGGAUGGGCCCAGUCAUCUACCUCCAGCUCGGCGGCGUUCCGGCCGUCGUGGUGUCGUCGCCGGAGGCGGCCAAGGAGGUGCUGAAGACUCUUGAUGUGCACUGGUCAAAGAUGCUGACCUACAAUUAUCGGGACAUCGCGUUCUCACCGUACAGUGAAAGGUGGCGCGAGAGGCGCAAACUCUUCAUUUCCGAGCUCGUAGGCAGCAAACGCGUGCAAUCCUUCUCGCACGCAUUGGAAGAACAAGUGGAGCAACUCAUCCAAUCGCUCUCAUGUCUGCCGCCGUCGACGACGGAGCCCGUCAACCUCAACGAGAAGAUUUUCGAGCUCAUCGAUGGCUUCAUUGGCACGGUGGCGUUCGGCAGGAUGAGCGGCGCAAAGCUCCUCAAAUACGACAAGUUUCAGCAGGUAUUCAGUGAGGCCCUGGUUGUCCUCUCCGCCUUCUCUGCUCAAGACUUCUUCCCGGCAUCGCCAAUUAGCCAGUGGAUUGAUAAGAUUGCUGGACUUGAGGCACGGUACCGGACCAUAUUCCGUGAGCUAGAUGCAUAUUUUGAGACUGUUCUGAGACAGCAUCAGAAUGUGAACCCAGGAAGGGUUCAGGUUCAGUCUGACAAGGAUAACCUUGUGGAUGUGCUCAUCGGUCUUUGGAAGGGGCAAGGGAAGGGGCAAGCAGUGACCAAAGAUGACCUCAAGGCUAUCAUUAUGGAUGCAUUUAUCGGCAGCACAUCUACAAGCUCAGUGACGUUGUUAUGGGCAAUGUCAGAGAUAAUCAAGAGCCCACGGGUGAUGAGGAAGGUCCAGUCUGAGAUAAGGAGUUCAGUCAGUGGCAAGCCAAGGGUAGAGGUUAGUGACACUCCACAGCUCAAGUACCUUAGGAUGGUCAUCAAGGAGACGCUACGACUGCACCCACCUGCACCGUUCCUCAUCCCAAGGGAGACCAUGCAACACAUACAACUCCUCGGCUACGAUUUGCCGCCCAGGACAAGGAUCUUCGUCAACGUGUGGGCUAUAGGAAGGGACCCUGCCUGCUGGAAGAAUCCUGAGGAGUUUUGCCCUGAGAGAUUUGAAGAUGCCGACAUCGAUUUUCAGGGGACAGAUUUUGAGCUGCUUCCGUUUGGCGCUGGACGCAGGAUCUGCCCUGCCAUUCCUAUGGGUCUUAUGAAUGUGGAGUUUACACUUGCAAGCUUGCUUCAUUCUUUCGAUUGGAGAUUGCCUGAGGGUAUGGCACCUCAAGAUGUGAGCAUGGAAGGUACCGGUAGACAAAUUGUCUCCAGGAGCACUCCACUGUAUCUUAUCCCGACUCCGUACAUAAGUGGAUAA